GAUGGCAACCGCACUGGAACUUAGCCCCACCGAGAUUCGCGGCCUGUGCCAGCGAUACUUGCACCAGGAUCUCAAAUCGGAUUUGGGAUUCGAUAUAGUCAGCUAUCAGUUGAAACCCACCUCGGAUGCACCGGCUGGAUAUUUGGGAAGCCACUUCUACCUUCAAGUUACUCUGCAACUUCACACUUCCGAGGAAAUCAAGCAGAUAAGAUUCUUUUCGAAAUCAGCACCCACGGAUAAUGCCUCGCGAAUGGAAUAUCUGGAGGAUUUCGGUGUGUUCCAAAAGGAAAUCGCCGUAUAUCAGCAAGUACUUCCCGAACUUCAAAAGGCCUGUGCCGAAGUGGCACCCAAGUGCUAUUAUGCGGAUAAGAAUCUGCUGGUUUUCGAGAACCUCGCCGAUCAGGGAUAUCGAAUGGGAGCUGAACGAGAUGGCUUACUAUCCUACGAACAACUCCAUUGUUGUCUGAAAACCUUGGCUGCCUUGCAUGCGGGUUCCAUUAUUCAUGAGCACAGAACUGGCCAAAAACUAACUGAAUCGCAUCCAAAAUCGGUUGUGGAGAACGCCUAUCCCACUAAUUUUAAGCCGGAUCAUCUGAGGGUUGUGAACUUCCAAAAUGCCUGCGAAGUGGCCAAGGAAUUUAUCAAACUGAUGCCCAAGUAUCAGUCAAAGUUGGACUUUAUUUUGGAGAACUUUACCAAAAGGAUGUCCUUUGUUUUCGAGGCUGUUAAAACUUCAACAAAGUAUCAGAAUACUUUAGUUCAUGGUGAUUUGUGGGCCAAUAACAUAAUGUUCCAGUAUGGAAAGUACGGCGAGAGUCCUUUGCAGUGUCGUCUUGUGGACUUCCAGCUGGCCAGAUAUGCUCCUCCUAUCAUCGAUGUCAUUACAGUCCUUUCAAUUCCAACUUCAAAGGCAUUUAGAGAGGCCCAUUUGAGUGAACUUCUGGCGGAAUAUUAUCGCUUUAUGACGGAGUUCCUGAAGCGAGCUGAUUUGGAUAUAGCUCGCUAUUUACCAGAGCAGAGUUUCUACGAAUCUGUGGAGGAAUUCCGGAGUGUUGGGCUGAUCGAGAGCUGUUUGUUCUGCCAUUUGGUGAUGCUGCCACCAUCCUGCACCCAGAAAUUAACCAGUUCUGCGGAUGGUUUCAGUGAUUUCUUUAGCAAGAAACGGAUUGAGAUUUGUCUGGAGGCCUUCAACACAGAUGAGUUGUACAGGAAUCGCAUGAUAGAUAUGAUUCAGGAUUUUGUGGAUAAUUUUGUUUUGAAGGAGUAAUAAUAAAAUCAAAUAAUCAGCAUUGUAAAUACUUCUUAUAAUUAUUAAACGUACUAAAUUUAUAAUA